AUGUGCUCCGUCCAGCGACAUUUCCCCAUCCAACCGUCGACCUUCCCCACCUUCAGGCAGUCCCCCACGUUGGCCGUGUCCUUGAGCAUCGCCACGUGCUUGAGGGCGCGCAGGUCGCCCAGCGUGGACGACUGCAGGAUGGAAGACUUCCCCUCCAUCGUGCCACCUGGAGCCUUCGACACCGUCGGUGCAGACACUCACGUGUGCGCGCCCCCGAAGAGGGCAGCAGGCGCCGCGAGAGCGUUUGGGGAGAGGGAGCUUGCAGAGGGCGCUGCGCCUUGCGGCAGCCAACUUCCCGUCGCCGUCGGCGUUCCUAUCCGGAGCGUACUCUUGUCUUGCGGGCUAGGCCUGCCCUCGGCCGCGCUUCAGAUAGAGGAUGCUGGCAGCAUCCUACCACCGAAAUGCCACGCCUCAAAAACCGGGGUGCCCACCAUACUCCGCGUCAGCCUGCCCAACCCGCCGGGAAGCGGUCAAAAACGCGGAGGGGGAAUUCUGCAGAGGGGCGCGCUGGUCGGCGCAGUGCCUCGCUUGCCAAGCGACGGUCGAAUGCGGCCGCUAGAGCGGCCCGUCUCGCCCCACCCCGCGGCAGCGCGCAGCCCUCUGAUCCACCAAGCUGCGCCACUCGGGCGACCGUGGGUGUCUAGCGCGGCUCGCGCCGUUCGAAUGGCCGGCGGGGCCUCGCGGGGCCUGAGCGCCAUGGCGACCUCUGUGAAGGACUGCGGCGCGUUCAUCGACAGGGCAGUCACGCUGACGGGCGCCCAAGCGGGUCCCCUUGCGGGGCUGACCUUCGCGGUCAAGGACCUAUUCGACGUCAAGGGCUUUGUGACAGGGUUUGGCAAUCCAACAUGGAAAGAAACCCAUGGCCCAGCGGAGGAAACUGCCCCGCCUGUGCAGAUGCUUGUAGAUGCUGGUGCUCACAUGGUUGGCAAGGUGCACAUGGAUGAGCUGGCGUACAGCCUGAAUGGAGAAAAUGUGCAUUAUGGAACCCCCACAAACCCUGCUGCACCUGGCAGAGUUCCUGGAGGGUCAUCUUCAGGAUCGGCGGUUGCUGUUGCGAAUAACGAGGUUGAUUUUUCCCUCGGCAGUGACACCGCAGGGUCAGUACGAGUGCCGGCAAGCUACAAUGGCAUAUUUGGAUUUCGGCCAACCCAUGGGCGGAUCUCUCUGGAUGCUGCCAGGCCAUUGGCACCAUCAUAUGACACAUGUGGAUGGUUUGCCAGAGAUGCGGCCCUCCUUGAGCGUGUGGGCAAAGUUCUGCUGGGGUCGGGCAACACGCCGCAGAGGAAACUGAGGAGGUGGCUUUGGGCGAUCGAUGGUUUCGCACACGCGCAGCCCACCACGUCGCAAAAACUUCAGGAUGACAUCGAAUCAGCCGCGCCAGCCAUUGUGUCAGUGUUGGGAGACGUGGAAAAGAUCACUGUGGCAAGCAUGACCGAAGAUGACGACCUUAGCCAGUGGAUCACUACCUUCAGGGUACUGCAGGGGCGGGAGGCGUGGGAAUGUCACGGUGAAUGGAUAAAAUCCGCCAAACCCACUUUUGGACCAGGCACUAGAGAGAGGUUUGAAAUGACUUCAAAGAUAUCUGCAGAGGAAGUCGCGGCAGCAGCAGUCUCGCAGCAAAGGAUUCGUGAGCACCUGGAUCGUCUGCUGGGUGAAGACGGUGCCUUGUUCUUGCCUACGGCCCCAGGUCCAGCACCGCUGUGCAACACUCCACUGCGUGAGCUGGAUGCCUUCCGUAAAGAACUGCUGACCCUCUCAUCCAUCGCCAGCAUUGGAGGCCUGCCUCAGGUGAGUUUACCACUGUCCAAGGUGGAUGGCUUUCCUGUAGGUCUUGGGGUGAUUGGCCCCAAGGGCUCGGAUGAGGGUUUGUUGGACCUCACCAAGUCGCUCAUGGAAGCCUUUGCGGAUUGA